UCGUUUGCGACAAUCCGACGUCGUUGAACACAUCUUUUCCUGGAUCUGUCCAGACUUGCUGUGUUAAUCUGUUCCCGGUGUGUAUAAGAACAGGUUGAUCAACGUCACGACACCACAACAGACUUGAAUUCAAUUGAAACUCGUCGUUUUUUUGAAGAAAAUCAUGUCUUUCCGUCAUUUUUAUAUUUUGUUUCUUGCUCACUUUUUGUGCUCCGUUGUGACAGCCAAUACUGAUGAUCAUCAAAUAAGAAAAAGGCAAGCUCCGUCUGGUCAGGGAACAAGUAGUUUAUGCCGAGGACUUCCAGGUUUACCUGGACGAGAUGGUCGAGAUGGUCGUGAUGCAAUGCUCAUUGGUCCACCAGGAAAGCGAGGUGAACCAGGACCACAAGGGAUGAAAGGAGACUCCGUAGGUGUAACAGGAGGUGCCGUGUACACACGUUGGGGAAGAAAUGACUGUCCGCAAUCUGUCAAAACAACCAUGUUGUAUUCAGGUGUGAUGGGUGGUUCAUGGUUCAAUCAUCAUGGUGGAGCAUCAAACUAUCUUUGUCUACCAUUGAAUCCAAUAUUUGACAAAGUUAAGGCUGGUAAUCAAGGAGGGAGUUAUAUCUAUGGCACCGAGUACGAGACACAUUAUUAUCCUAACUUUUUUCCGCAAAACAUCGCUGAUCACGAUGCUCCCUGCGCAGUCUGUCACACCGAGUCACGUGGUAGUCACGUGAUGAUACCAGCUCGUAAUGUCUGUCCCUCAGGCUGGACAUUGGAGUAUAAAGGAUAUCUCAUGUCCGCACAUUAUGGUCACAACGGAAGAACACAGUUUCUUUGUGUUGACGAGAACGCUGAAGCUACAACAGGAUCUCAUGUUGAUCAUAAUGGCGCCCUACUUUAUUUUGUUGAAAGUCAGUGUGGUUCUCUUCCUUGUCCACCAUACGCCACUGGUAAAGAACUCACUUGUGUGGUUUGCACAAAAUAAAUAAAGCGAAUAUAUGUUUUAAAUAAUUGAACCCAUAGUCAAAUUUAUGUGCAUAUAAUUAUGUUAAUUUUGAACGUUUA